AUGGAGACUACACGCCUUUGCUCUUCCCCUCCCAAAGCCAUGUUGUUAGUCUUCAUGGCAUUCUUCUGUAGCUCCGGCACUGCUGCUGCGCCUGCAAUGUUCAUCUUCGGGGACUCCCUCGUAGACAACGGCAACAACAACUUCAUUCCAUCCAUUGCCAGGGCAAACUACUUCCCCUACGGCAUCGACCUUGGGGCGCCGACCGGCCGCUUCUGCAAUGGCCUCACCGUGGUGGACCUUGUGGCUCGACGCUUGGGGAUGAAAUUUCCACCGCCGUACUUGAGUCUUUCAGCAAAGAGUUCCAUGAUGCUGAGAGGGAUCAACUAUGCCUCAGCCUCUGCGGGCAUCCUCGAUGAGACUGGCAGGCAUUUCGGAAGUAGGAUUCCAUUCGACAAGCAGAUAGAAUUAUUUGCCAAGACGGUGAGUGAGCAAUUACCGAUCAUGAUCCCGGACCCAGAGGCGCUGUCUGAGUUCCUUUCGAGCUCACUUUUCAUCAUCAACAUCGGGAGCAACGACUACAUCAACAAUUAUCUUCUUCCUGAUCUCUACACCUCCAGUAGCACUUACUCCGGAAAGCACUUUGCCAAACUGCUCAUCCACAAAUUAGUGCAGCAAAUAAAGACCAUCUACUCCAUAGGAGCCAGGAAGAUAUUGCUUGCUGGACUUGGGCCGCUUGGUUGUAUACCGAGUCAGCUUUCAAUGAGCGGCAUCACAAGUGGGUGUGUCAACCAUGUCAAUGAACUUGUGAUACAAUUCAAUCAGUUGCUCAUACCUGCAAUGAUCAGGCUGAACUCCACUCUGCCAGGUUCCUUCUUUGUGCAUCAAAACAACUAUGACACCUUCUUCGACAUGAUUCAAACACCUACAAAAUAUGGGUUCUCAGUUAGCAACCAAGCUUGCUGUGGGAAUGGAAGGUAUGGAGGGCAACUGACCUGCCUGCCCUUGCAAAACGCUUGUUCUGCUAGAGACCAGUAUAUCUUCUGGGAUUCCUUCCAUCCAACACAAGCAGCAAAUGCUAUUAUUGCCAGAAAAUGCUUGACUUCAACUAAUGGUGACUGCUUCCCAAUCAGUGUCAAUCAGCUUGCGGAGUUGUAA